AGUUGUAGUUUUGCUAAACCUAGAGAGCUUCAAAUUGCAAGCAAGGAGGCCGUGAGGCCUGACGGGAUUUGUAGUCGGCGCGAGACGCGGGCGCGCACGCGCAGCCGGGGCCGGGGCGGGGCGGCGGCACUGCGGUGAAAGCCGAGGCAGCGGGCAGACGAGCAGGGGGCGGGCGGACAUCUUGGGAUCCAGAGAGUGGCCAGGCCAGCAGAGCAGGGGCCGCGGACACCAGGUCUGUUCUCAGAGCGAUGGGCUGCAGAGACUGAUCUGCCGCCAUGAUUGGAGGCUUAUUCAUCUAUAAUCACAAGGGGGAGGUGCUCAUCUCCAGAGUCUACCGAGAUGACAUCGGGAGGAAUGCAGUGGAUGCCUUUCGGGUCAAUGUUAUCCAUGCCCGGCAGCAGGUGCGCAGCCCCGUCACCAACAUUGCUCGCACCAGCUUCUUCCACGUUAAGCGGUCCAACAUUUGGCUGGCAGCAGUCACCAAGCAGAAUGUCAACGCUGCCAUGGUCUUCGAAUUCCUCUAUAAGAUGUGUGACGUGAUGGCUGCCUACUUUGGCAAGAUCAGCGAGGAAAAUAUCAAGAACAAUUUUGUGCUCAUAUAUGAGCUGCUGGAUGAGAUUCUAGACUUUGGCUACCCACAGAAUUCUGAGACAGGCGCGCUGAAAACCUUCAUCACGCAGCAGGGCAUCAAGAGUCAGCAUCAGACAAAAGAAGAGCAGUCACAGAUCACCAGCCAGGUGACUGGGCAGAUUGGCUGGCGGCGAGAGGGUAUCAAGUAUCGCCGGAAUGAGCUCUUCCUGGAUGUGCUGGAGAGUGUGAACCUGCUCAUGUCCCCACAAGGGCAGGUGCUGAGUGCCCAUGUGUCGGGCCGGGUGGUGAUGAAGAGCUACCUGAGUGGCAUGCCUGAAUGCAAGUUUGGGAUGAAUGACAAGAUUGUUAUUGAAAAGCAGGGCAAAGGCACAGCUGAUGAAACAAGCAAGAGCGGGAAGCAAUCAAUUGCCAUUGAUGACUGCACCUUCCACCAGUGUGUGCGACUCAGCAAGUUUGACUCUGAACGCAGCAUCAGCUUUAUCCCGCCAGAUGGAGAGUUUGAGCUUAUGAGGUAUCGCACAACGAAGGACAUCAUCCUUCCCUUCCGGGUGAUCCCGCUAGUGCGAGAAGUGGGACGCACCAAACUGGAGGUCAAGGUGGUCAUCAAGUCCAACUUUAAACCCUCACUCCUGGCUCAGAAGAUUGAGGUGAGGAUCCCAACCCCGCUGAACACAAGCGGAGUGCAGGUGAUCUGCAUGAAGGGGAAGGCCAAGUACAAGGCCAGCGAGAAUGCCAUCGUGUGGAAGAUCAAGCGCAUGGCAGGCAUGAAGGAAUCGCAGAUCAGCGCAGAGAUUGAGCUUCUGCCUACCAACGACAAGAAGAAAUGGGCUCGACCCCCCAUUUCCAUGAACUUUGAGGUGCCAUUCGCGCCCUCUGGCCUCAAGGUGCGCUACUUGAAGGUGUUUGAACCGAAGCUGAACUACAGCGACCAUGAUGUCAUCAAAUGGGUGCGCUACAUUGGCCGCAGUGGCAUUUAUGAAACUCGCUGCUAGCUGCUUCUAGGCAGCUAGCCCACCUCCCCAGCCACCCUCCUCCACAGGUCCAGGUGCCGCUCCCUCCCCCACCACACAUCAGUGUCCCCUCCCUCCUGCUUUGCUGCCUUCCCUUUGCACCAGCCCCUGAGUCUAGGUCUGGGCCAAGCACAUUGCAAGUGGGACCGGUGGAGCAGCCCCUGGGCUCCCUGGACGGGGGAGUUCUGAGGCUCCUGCUCUCCCAUCCACCUGUCUGUCCUGGCCUAGUGCCAGGCUCUGAGUUCUGUGACCAAAGCCAGGCGGGUUCCCUUUCCUUCCCACCCCUGUGGCCACAGCUCUGGAGUGGGAGGGUUGGUUGCCCCUCACCUCAGAGCUCCCCCAAAGGCCAGUAACGGAUCCCCGGCCUCAGUCCCUACUCUGCUUUGGGAUAGUGUGAGCUUCAUUUUGUACACGUGUGACUUCGUCCAGUUACAAACCCAAUAAACUCUGUAGAGUGGA